GAGAUAUUUUUAUCAUCGAUAUUCACAGGUUUUGAACUCCCAGACGAGUCACUGCAAGCAGUUGCUGAACGAUAACAGUUCCACUGCACUGAUGGUGGUGGGCUUCAUCCUGGUGACACCGUUAGCAGUCCUGGCUCUGGCUGCUUACUGUCGGCUCGCACGGCGCCUGGAACUUGGCCUCUGCUUUAUCCCGUACAGCAAGGCCGUGUACCGGAAUCUUCCGGCCUCCCGCUACCGCUGGACGGGGGGUUGCUGCCUCAGGACGGGGGAGACUUCAGGAAAAGUUUGGGUGUAACGUCUGUCCAUGGCCAAUGUGAUGGGUCAGAGCAAG